AUGAGCAGCCCAAGACGAAGAAUCGAGACAGAUGUCAUGAAGCUUAUGUCCGACUAUGAGGUCACUCUAAUUGUCGUAGUGCAGGAGUUCUACGUCCGAUUUAAGGGCCCAGCUGAGACGCCUUUUGAGGGCGGGAUUUGGAAAGUCCACGUUGAGCUGCCAGACCAAUACCCCUACAAAUCACCUAGUAUCGGUUUUGUUAAUCGCAUAUUCCACCCGAAUAUUGAUGAGUUGUCGGGGUCGGUCUGCUUGGAUGUAAUUAACCAGACAUGGUCGCCUAUGUUUGAUAUGAUCAACAUAUUUGAGGUCUUCCUCCCCCAACUACUUCGGUACCCGAACCCAGCCGACCCUCUCAACGGUGAAGCGGCCGCCUUAUUGAUGCGCGAGCCGAAGAGCUAUGACGCAAAGGUGAAGGAAUACGUACAACGAUAUGCGAGCAAGGAGGCCGCGGAUGACGCCGGCGCCCCUAGCGAGGAUGACGACGAUAUGUCCUCGGUGGCGAGCUUUGGAGACGAGGAGGAUGAACCUGCCGGUCAGAUGGAUGACGUAUAG